UGAAAAAAUUCAAAAAGUUUCCUGAAAAAUUAAUUCCCGAUUUCAAGUCCGCGCCAAAGACCCCCAAAUUUCUCUCCUGUAUUUAAGCAGCAUACUCCCAGAACCAACCACUCACUCUACUCUCCACUUUCAUCUCUUUCUUUAUUAUUUUCAUCAUAACUAUUAAUUGUAUUUUAAUCCAAUGGCGCAAGUUAGCGACCUCCCGUGCGACGGCGACGGCUUCUGCAUGCUCUGCAAGCAGAAGCCGCCGGAGGGGGAGAUCCUCACGUGCAAAACGUGCGUCACGCCGUGGCACGUCGCCUGCCUCGCCACCCGCCCCCUAACCCUAGCGGACACUGCUCACUGGGACUGCCCCGACUGCUCCGAUCUCUCCGCCGCCGGUGCCUCCAUGCCGGCCGUCUCUGGAGGGGGACUGGUGGAUAAGAUUCGCGAGAUCGAGUCCGAUGCAUCGCUCACUGAUCGGGAGAAGGCGAAGCGCCGGCAGGAGUUGCUGAGCGGGGCGACGGAGGCCGAGAAGGCGGAGGGUAAGGAUAAGGAGACGAAUGCUGCGGACGCUGGGGGAGUUUUGGGGAUUCUCGGGGACCGCUUCAACUGCUCCAUUUGCAUGCAGCUUCUCGAUAGACCCGUUUCUACGCCAUGCGGUCACAACUUCUGCUUGAAAUGCUUUCAAAAAUGGACUGGGCAACAGCGCAUGAAGAGUUGUGCUAUUUGUCGCAAGAUGAUUCCGACCAAGAUGGCAAGGGAGCCUCGAAUUAACUCUGCUAUUGUUAUGGCAAUCAGAAUGGCGAAAGCUUCCCAGCCUAAUUACUCUGGAGGUCCUCCGAAGAUAUACCAUUUUAUCCACAACCAAGAUCGUCCUGACAAAGCAUUUACUACAGAGCGAGCCAAAAAAACUGGAAAGGCUAAUGCAUGCAGUGGGAAGAUUUUUGUCACAAUUCCAUCAGAUUUUUUUGGUCCAAUUACAGCAGAGUACGACCCGACAAGGAGCUCAGGUGUUAUGGUUGGAGAAACUUGGGAAGAUAGGAUGGAAUGCAGGCAGUGGGGCGCUCACUUCCCCCAUGUUGGGGGUAUUGGUGGUCAGUCUAAUCAUGGGGCUCAGUCUGUUGCUCUCUCGGGGGGUUAUGAAGAUGAUGAGGAUCAUGGUGAAUGGUUUCUCUACACAGGGAGUGGCGGACGUGAUCUUGCUGGGAACAAAAGAACGAACAAGAAACAGUCAUUCGACCAAAGGUUUAGGAGCUACAAUGAAGCUUUAAGAGUUAGUUGCCGUGAGGGUUAUCCUGUACGAGUUGUGAGGUCUGCUAAAGAGAAACGGUCUUCUUAUGCACCACAGGAAGGCGUGCGUUAUGAUGGGGUUUACAGGGUUGAAAAAUGUUGGCGUAAAGCUGGGCAACAGGGAUUUGUGGUCUGCCGUUAUCUAUUUAUUCGUUGUGAUAAUGAUCCAGCGCCAUGGACUACUGACAACCAAGGAGAUCGACCAAGACCUUUACCGAACAUUCCAGAGUUGAAGCAAGCUACUGAUAUUACUGAAAGGGCAAAGAGUCCUGCCUGGAAUUAUGAUGAGAAACAGGGCCUAUGGACAUGGAUGAGGCCUCAACCACCUAGCAAAAAAACACCUGGUGGUUGUGGUAAUGAUGGAAAGAGUACAAAGAAAAGAAAGAAUCGGAGUGGAACUGGAACUGUAAAAGAAAAGCUUUUGAAAGAAUUUAGUUGCCUCAUCUGUCGGAAAGUGAUGGUUCUGCCACUCACUACCCCGUGUGCUCAUAACUUCUGCAAGGCUUGCUUAGAGGGUGCCUUUGCUGGGCAAUCUCAUGUGAAAGAGAGAAAAACUGGAGGGAGGACGCUUCGAGUGCAGAAAAAUGUUAUGAAAUGUCCAUCUUGCACACAAGAUAUUUCUGAGUUCCUUCAAAAUCCUCAGGUCAACAGGGAGUUGAUGAAUGUGAUUGAAACACUACAGAACCAGAUGGAGGAAGAGUUGAAGUCUAAGGAAACAGAGGAUGGCCAAAGUGUGAAUUCAAGUGAGAAUGCUGAUAGUGAGAGCUCACAAAUGGAAGUGCAAGAAGAUGCUGACAGCAUGGAUGAAACACCAGAUGCUGUUGCUGAAAAUAAAGAGAACUGUGAUGUGAAUGCUGAAAUCCCAAAAGAGAACAAGACUGAUAAACCUUUGAAUGACACAAAAACUCUUCGUGUUUCUAAGCGAAGGAAAACUAGUAAGGAUGGUGCUAAAGAUGGAGAUUCAGGAGACACAGAAGAUCAUGCAACAACCAAAGCAGGCAGGCUUGCUGAUAGUGAGAGCACAGAAGUGGAAGUGCAAGAAAAUGCUGACAGCAUGGAUGAAAAUGCUGACAGCAUGGAUGAAACACCAGACUUUGUUGCUGAAAAUAAAGAGAACUGUGACGUGAAUGCUGAAUUCCUAAAAGAGGACAAAACUGAUAAACCUUCUCGUCGUGUUUCUAACCGAAAGAAACCUAGUAACGAUGGUGUUAAAGCUGGAGAUGCAGGUGGCACAGAAGGUCUUGAAAAACCAAAACGUGGCAGGCCUAGGAGAGCCUGUGUCCAGAAUAAUUCUGGGGCGAAUUAGAUCCAGAUGCAGGCAAGGAGCAGAGAGAGGCUUUGGGAUGAUGCUGGUACCUCUGCUGUCUCAAGUUUGACUUUUGCAUAUAGUCUCUUCUCCUUUAAUUUGGCAGCCCCCGCCCUGAUGUGGGUAACUUUGGACUUAUUAUUAUUACUUUUACUUGGUAGGUGUGGGUUGGGGCUUGUGUGAAUUAAGUAAAAUAGUUUAUGAACUACAUUUUUGGUGAUUUCAUGGGUACAGUUUCUCUUGGCAUAAUUUUAAAGAGAACUUUUGGAACUACAUGUGGAUGUGAUGGCGUGUACCAUCUUUAAUCCAUUGUAAACUUACCCCUAUGAAAUUAAUCUGUACUUAAAUUUCUCAGUUUUUUAAGGCUAUGCAGAGGAAUGUAUGCUCGGCAGCCAGGCUUAUGUUUCUACUUCAUUCUAUUUCGUUCA